UCUUUCUAUGGCCGGCUAUUUCCGAGCAGAAGCUUGCAUUUCGUUCACUCUUCUUACAGUGUGCAUUGGCUUUCGCAGAUCGGCCACAGAACCGAUACUUCUUUCAGAAGCACUUUGCUAAAGGAGAUGAUGCGAUUUAUUGAGAGGUACGAGCUCAGAAAGUCCCCGGCAAACCUGAUUCUGAGUUUACCACCAGCAAAGACUGCUGCCCUCCUCUGGUGGUGGCUCUCCAGGUCCCUUGUUGAAAUGGCUGACGAGGGACUAGUUGAAGCUGCUGAUAUAGAUUCAUUCAACCUUCCGCUCUACCCACCCUACAAACAUGAAGUAAGAGAUGUGGUAGAGGAAGAAGGAUCCUUCACCAUCAAUCGACUCGAAACCUUUGAAGUGAAUUGGGAUCCUUUCUGCCACGAAGACGACGAGAACUGUUUGUUUGACAAGUUGAAGAGCGGGCGGAACGUGGCUGACUGUGUAAGAUCGGCCACAGAACCGAUACUGAGAAGUCACUUUGGAGAAAGACUGAUGAUGGACGAUUUAUUCGAGAGGUAUGCGAGGCUUGUGGGUGAGCAUCUAUCAGUGGAGAAGACCAAGCACUUCAACAUAGCCGUUUCCAUGACAAGGAAAUGAAAUCGAUCUCUGCCUCUACUACUUUGGCACUGAGAUAAGAAUAAAAGAGCAAACAUGAAAUAAGUACUGAGUUUAGUCCAUGUUGAAGCAAUAAUACCUUAGGGUUGUUUGAAGCAAUAAUAUAAUACGGCCAAUCGAGAUUAGUAUUC